GAGAGAGAGAGAGAGAGAGCAUCCCGCAAACCCCCACAUUGCUUGUGUGUCGUGAACAUUAUUGCAGCCCCUGAAAAAACACAACGUUGAAAGCCAAAAAAGUCGGACAGCGAGCCGCCGGGAUGAGAGGGCUGCGCACGGAGAACCGGGGGGGCGCGCGCCGCCGCUGAACGUCUGCGGCAGCUGAUUUUCGGGCCGGAAUGCCGGCGUUUUUUCAAAUCGGCGCACCGUGAGAUUUCAACGUCGAACGACAGCGGAGCUGCACAGCUGUCGCCGCUGCCGGUAUGUGAACGACUCCAUCCGCUGACGGUAACGGAACCCGGCUGCGCGUUAGCCCCCGAAUUUGUUGUUGCUUCUGUUUUCCCCCCUCUCUCUCUCUCUCUCUCUCUCUCUCUCUCUCUCUCUUACAUCUGUUUGAUGCUGCGUGAGGCAGCUGGGCGCUGAACCAUCGGCGGGGUUUGCCUCCGUGAAUACGCAUCCUAAUAAGUCUACGCGCACCUGCUCGGCACCGAUGUAAAUUCGAGCGAACGUGCCCGGUUUUUGCUUUUCUGGACCCACCUUGCGACAAAAAAAAAAAAAAAAAAAAAGGAAAAAAGAACAUGCCACGUUUCGACGCGGGGUGCGAGGAUGCCCGGACCUGUGAUUGUGUCAUUGCUGCGGCACACGCCGGAGCUCCUCAGCUCAAGAUCGACACAACUCACCUCAGCUGAAGAGGCGGCGGCGAGCUGGCGUGCGCUUUACCAGCCGACAUAAGCCAUAGGCGCCCGUGCAUGUAUGCGGGGAAGGGCUGAAGGAGGCAGGCUGCGUCUGCGCGGAGCUUUCUGGGGCUUCCCGAGAACCCGCCGCAUCCCCAACCCCGUCCGAGCGCCGCUGUGAGCCCGCAGGCUUCCUGACGAUCUGUUGGAGGGCAGCCCCGAUGCAUCUUGUGCCUGUGAAAACCCUACGAGCCCUUUUGCCAGGUUUGCAUCACCAGACAGGAGACGGAGCAGACGGCAACUCUGCGUGUGUCAUGUUAGAGGCUGGACUCGCGCCCGCUCCCUCCAACUCUCAGCCAGAAUCUCUGCCCUGCCCUGUCUGAGCCUUUUGUAUGAGCAUCGCUUCAUGCCACACCGGCACAACGGGACAUAGAGUCAAGCGGCACCAGCAGUUUGCAGACAUUACUGUGAGUGUGACUCCCUCUUGAGUUGUGACCUUCCGGCCUAACUUUCAAAAUAAGAGACACCGGAGCCCCGGGUCAGGAUGCAGGUGUCCUUCGCCUGCACUGAGCACAACCUCAAGAGUCGCAGCGAGGACCGGCUCUGUGGCCUUCGCACCGCUCCGCCGCCCGGCGGAAGCAGCGGCGGGGUCGGGGGAGGCGGCGGCGGCGGCGGCGGGGGAGGCGGCGGCGGGAGCGGAGGAGGAGGAGGCGGCGGCGGCGGCGGAGGAGGAGGGAGCGGACAAGGGAGUAAUGGCAACUACAUCACCCAAGGCUCGGUCAAGACCAGAGAGGGCCCCGGGGCCCGGCAGACGCCCCAGGGCCACGCGCACAUGAAGGAGGCCAUCGGGCGCCACACCAGCAUGAAGUACAGGAACCUGGGGAAGUCGGGCCUGCGGGUUUCCUGCCUCGGGUUAGGCACCUGGGUGACGUUUGGAUCUCAGAUCUCUGACGAGAUGGCUGAGAACCUGAUGACCAUAGCUUAUGAGAAUGGCGUGAACCUGUUUGACACGGCGGAGGUUUACGCUUCGGGAAGAGCGGAAAUCACUCUCGGGAACAUUAUCAAGAAGAAAGGAUGGAGGCGUUCAAGUUUUGUCAUUACUACAAAAAUCUACUGGGGAGGCCAAGCAGAGACUGAGAGAGGGCUCUCCAGAAAGCACAUCAUUGAAGGUUUAAGAGGGUCGUUAUCGAGACUCCAGCUCGAUUACGUCGACAUCGUUUUCGCCAACAGAAACGACGUCAACAGCCCGAUGGAAGAGAUCGUACGCGCCAUGACCUUCGUAAUAAACCAGGGAAUGGCCAUGUACUGGGGGACGUCGCGCUGGAGUGCCAUGGAAAUCAUGGAGGCCUACUCCGUGGCGCGCCAGUUCAACCUGAUCCCGCCCGUGUGUGAGCAGGCCGAGUAUCACUACUUCCAGAGGGACAAAGUGGAGGUGCAGCUUCCCGAGCUCUACCACAAGAUCGGUGUUGGAGCAAUGACCUGGUCUCCGCUCGCCUGUGGAUUAAUCACGGGGAAGUACAGCGACGGUGUACCAGAGUGCUCCCGAGCAUCAAUGAAGGGGUACCAGUGGCUGAAGGAGCGCGUGAACAGCGAGGAGGGUCGCCGGCAGCUUGCUAAAAUCAAGGAGCUCCAUCUACUGGCAGACCGGCUGGGCUGCACCGCUGCACAGUUGGCCAUAGCCUGGUGUCUUCGCAGUGAGGGAGUCAGCUCAGUGCUUCUGGGAGUUUCUAAUACGGACCAGUUACUGGAGAAUCUCGGCGCCCUCCGGAUUUUAUCCCAAAUGACCCCUCAGACCGUCACCGAGAUGGACGCCCUGCUGGGAAACAAGCCUCACUCCAAGAAAGAGUCCCGCGCUUGAAGUCUUGGACGACGUUCCGCGGAGGUGAAGAACACAAAGACACUGGGAGGCAUCGCUUCUUGCCCUGCUGUAUACUCAACAACUUGCAUGUCCUCAGCAACAUUAUGCUUCCAGUAUGUGCGCAUUAUCCAUUUUUGCGCACUACAUUAUAUCAUGUAUGGAAAAAAAAGAGUCUCAAAUCAUGGUACAACAAAACAAAACACUUCAUAUAUUGCUGACACAGACUGAUUGAGGACAGAGCUGGAAGGUUGUAAGACGUCAAAGCAGCUUUGACUCUUCAAUCAAAUGUAAGUGGAGAAACACCUCUGUGCUAAAACGUUACUUUACUGAGUGGACGGUGCUUUCACUGGACUCUGCAGCUGCCUGUGAUUCUGUACGAUGUUUAGUAUCCAGCAGCCACAGAGCCAAAGGUUAGUGCUCAUGUGUCUAGCCUAAUAUUUCCCUUAGUGUGCAUGUGACUGGUCUGCCACAAUCACUGCUUUACAGGGUUGGGAACAGAGAAUUAUUUGUAGAGUCAUUACAAUGAUUUGAUUGUUAAAAAAAACAUAAUCCAGACGAGUAUGUAAAAAAAAAGGGUCAGAUCACAUGCUUUAACACGGGCAUGCACUGCAGACGAUGACAGUGCAAACAGUACCUGCUACGCUGCCUUUUGAAUUUCGCUGCGUUGUUGUUCCGAUUGAAUAUUUCAUGAAUCAAUAGCGGGCGUGAGUUGGAGAGGAGCUUUCCCAGCCCUGCUGCUUUCUCAGCGGUCUUUUCGCCUCCUGUUCGUAAACUGUGCGCAUGUCCCUUUAAGAGAGAAUAGCCCUAACAGGUUGUAAAUGUGGCAUGGCUUUUAUGGCUUAUGUAGAUUUGCAGUGCCGUUGUAAGCCUUUUUUCUUUCCCUUCCGAACGAUCCGCCGGUUGGGGCCAGGGUCCGUGCCUCACAGACUGCUCGUGAUUCACAGACUGCCUGCGGUCUGCAGACGUCCAUCUGACAUUUUACCCACCGUGCUCCGUCCAAAAGAUGCUGCGGCGCCAAAACCCGAGAAGAGCAUCGCUGUUGCAAAAUCAGAGGUUUGACACUGAUGGACUAUGUGCAAAAGCAAGGGGGCGUCACACACACACAGAUCUGGACACACUGUGGUGAACUAGUAGCGGUAGGACGUAGAUGAGUCAAUCAAAGGUGAGACCGGUCUCGCCACAGGUCACUUGAUUUAGCAAAU